AUGCCACGGCCCAAGGUCCAUCCAGCGAAUCGGCUGCGAGCAAACACUGCAUGCACUGCCUGUCGUGCAUCCAAGAAGCGCUGCAGUGGUUAUUUCCCGUGCACCAACUGCAUUCACAAAGGACGUGGCCGCUCAUGUACCCCAUUCAAGUCCUUACCAAAUGCAGGCCUCCGAAGCCGCCUCGUACCUGCUUCUCGACCCACAGUCGAAGCACCUCCGACGUUGAGGGGAACGACAGUCGAUUUACAAAGCCCCUUGAGGCGGCAGUCUCAUGAUAUUGGUACGCCCCAUCUCGAGUUUGAUACGCUGGAGGUGGGAUCGCACUCGCCUGAAGUUGCGCAUCGGACGCAUCCGCGCAUGCUCCGCAACCUACAAGGGGAACGAGUGUACGUCGGGAAAGCCGCCUCUCUGUCAUUUCUACAAUUGCUUCGGGAUACAGUGACCCAACAUAUCGGGCCGUCACAGUUCUCUCAUAAUGGGGGCAGCGAGGAUAUGCUAGAGUCAGAGGCUCAUCAUGAUCUGUUGAAUUUCUCAGAAGAAUGUUGCACUGUUGAUGAGAAGGAUCUAUUUAUCCAAAAUUAUCACGCGGCGACGAGCGGAUUUUUUAAUUUGGACUUUAGGGACGACAUUUCGUGUUCAUUGAUUGGCCCAGCAGAGCCCAAAACGGAGCGGGAAAAGACUAGGGCGGCCAUCAUAGACCUUAUGGUUGCUAUCGGAGCACAAUCCUUCCCAAAUGACCGAAAAACCCUUCAGGCGGAGCGAUUCUACUUUGCUCGAGGCCAACGUAGGACGUUUGCCAAUAUGCUGGAAGAUCCUAGCGUGGAUUUAGUCCGAGUGUUUCUACUCAUGUCCUUCUAUAUGCUGGGAGCAUGCCGUCGAAACACGGCAUUCAUGUACCUGGGAGUGGCAUCACGAGCAGCAGUGGCGCUUGGGUUCCAUGCAGACUUCCCAGGGCCAAUAAGUCCCGAUGAGAGUGACGAGAGAAAUGAACGAUCACGGUUAUGGAUGAGUUUAUGUAUUCUUGAUUUGCUUGUCAGUUCGAUACUCGGGAGACCUUCUGCUAUAUCACCUCUAUUACCCGAGAAUCGACAAGAACCUAGUUGGAUUGGGGCCGCACCAGCCGAUCCUAGCCUGGUGGCUUCAUUUCAGUUAUCCUUGAUCCUGGACGAAAUAAUAAACUGUCUUUACAGUGAAAAGGCCGCAUCCACACAGCAAGCAGACCUACUGUUAUGCAAAUUAAACGGCUGGGGUGAAUAUCUGCCGCGAUCAUUAAGGACGUCGUCUUUAGAACACAAAGACCAGAGCACUUUCCGAGAGCAUACAAUUGGAAACAUGCACGUUGCAUGUUCGUAUCAUUUUGCAGUGAUCUUAGUCACCCGACCUUUCCUCGUCUCGGUCUUGAGUGUCCGGCUGGCCCGGCUACACCAGAGCCUCUCGACAGGUGAUCCCAGCGAGGUGCCUGAGGAGGACCCAGCCCACUCUCGACUCGCAGCGGCAUGUAUUGAUUCUGCUGUAUACAUGCUGCAAACGUGUCUGGAGGUUCAUGAGUCCGGCCUUCUUCUUCGGAAUAUGUGUAUUCUCAAGUUCGUCUCUGCGAAUACCCAUCUAGUGACUCCAGCACUAACAUUAGACAGAGCAUUUAUCUUUGCCGCAGCCCUUGUUCUCGGGUUCUCCAUGUUCUCUCACCGUGACGUUGACUCUGAGAUUGAUGAUGUGUUCCGCGGUGCCCUGACUAUCUUGCGCAUGCUGGCGUCGCAGUCUGCCCAGGCAGCGCACUACCUAGAGAUAAUAACAAAGCUAGAGGCCGCUAUAAGCAAACAGCGCCAGCAACUCGCUGCCCAAGCCCGACAGCGACGGAGUCAAUACGUCAGUCGGAUUUUUAGCUUGAACGACAGGCCGGCAACACCGCGGACACAAAGUGAAGGAAACGAAGAAGAAGCGAGAAACGCAACCCCACUUCUAUCGCAGAGUGUCACAUCAUACACGUGGUUACAUUCAGACGACGGAACCACAGCAUCUGUCUUACCCCCAAUUGUCGAUGGCGCUUUAUUUGAUUGGGAGGGUAUGGAUUUGCCGUUAUGGGAUAGCUUCCCAUUUCUCGCCGAAUCGGCUACAAUAUGA